UACUCACUACGUGUUUGUUCGUGUCCAGAUUUCGACCGAGUUUAACACGGACACGAUCUGCCCAUCGCUGAAGAUCAUCGCGCAGGACAUUCUCGCGCUUCCGCCAGCAUCGGCAGUGCUCGAGCCAGAAUCUGCGUCGCAGAUAGUGCAAAGACGAGAAAGCGGUCUCCGGUGGACCCCCGUCACCUUAUCCUUACUGCAUUCCUGAGCUCGAUGCUCAGCACAUACCGGCAGCGAUCCACACCCGUCUGACUGAACCUUCGAAGAUCAAUCUCGUGUUUCCGGCGUUCGCGCUGAACUGGGCCUUACGCCGGCGAUGGAGCUCUCGCCGUGGGCACGUGGCGCUACAAGCGUUGCGCUUAAACACGGGACUGGGAUCCAUCCUUUCUGCUGGAUAUUGGAAGGUGUUGACCGCCCACAGACAGCCAGACUUCCGGCAUGGUACGGAUGCCGUGGUGGCGAAAACGACACGGUUGUUUGUUCUUCGGCAGAUCGUCUGCACGAACAACGUACGUCCCUCUCUGACGAAGACUGGGUACCCCGCUCCUCGACAAAUAAUUUGCGGCACGAGACGGACCGGACAACCUCAAGCACGUGGUGGGCAUUCGAAGGCCAACGCGAGACGCGCGGCAACGACAGCAAUGGCGUCAAGGAUCCCGGGUGGAUCGACUGCAACGGAUAUUACGCAUUUGGUGGUGAGGCGGACAGCGACAAAAGCUAUCGCGGAAACAUGCGGAGGGCAUUGGAGGACGAGGAAGCUUCCAGUACCGAGCUGCAGGUGAAGCCUCUGGCCAAGAAGAAUGAUUCUACCGAGCUUGGCUCGUCGGUGGAUGUUGCGCUCCAGGAAGAAACCGAGAAAGGAAAUGAUCGAUUCGUCCACACCACGGGAGACGAUUGUCACCCUUUGUGGACUUCCUGGCCUGCUGUUCAAGAGGCGGCCAUCGCCAAUGGCACGGUGCUCGUGUUUGACAUCUUUCCGUCUGUGGGCAACUUAUUCAUCACUCUCGGCAACCUCAUCAAGACGGCCAGGCUACUCGAAGUGGCGCUGUUUCUCAAGUGGGAUAAAUUUCCUGGAUUUCGAGCGGCAUUCGACACAGCAUCAAUCAAGUGGGACCUGGAUCCGACGACGGUUGUUCAAAAGGCGGAAGAGUUGACUCUAGGUGCCGAAGUCGACCGUCUUUACCCUUUGAAGUUCUCGGAUGGUAAUUUGGUACUCUCUUCCCAGCAGCUAGAAGCCCUUGCAAUUCAAACCGGCAUCCCCGAUACAAGCUUGGCAGAAAUGGCCGUUGCAGUGAAAGAGAGGUGGAGCAGUCUGCGACGUCUUUCCCAAGCUAUCGCUGGCUCUGCGGUUGUUCCUCCCGAAACAUGUGCAUGGAACAUGUUACUGCGACGCAGCCCUUCGAUGAUAGCCAGCCUAGAGGCUCACAAUCCGUGGACGCCUUCUGGCUUCGGCCCUCGCCCCAAGGACUAUGUGGCGUGGCAUGUCAGGACAUCCGAUGGGGAGAGCGAGCAUUCCUUCAAUCCCGAUGUGCACACCUAUAUUUUACACGGGCAGUCAUCAACUACCGUGGUCCCGAUUUUUCUGUCUGCCACCGACGCCGCGGAGAAGAUGUGCCCGAAGAUGUUUCACGAAGACGCUCCUAAAAUGCCAGUAUACAUAUCGUCGAACAGCAAAAGCAUGGCGCGCAAUUGCACCGCGCUUGCUGCUGAGCACGAUGUUACGGCAGGGUUUGUUGACCUCGGUAUAGACGAUCUGGAUGCCCACACGACUUUCAGCAAGAAUCCGAAUGCCACGGCCUUGAACGCGUUCAUCGACUACCUGUAUCUGAUGGACUCUUCCGUCAUUAUCCAAACCGGAUCGUCGUUCUCCUCCACAGUUGCACGUGUGAAGAGCUUGAAGUGCAGAGAGGUAGAACACCCUCCAGAAUUGCCUGUCAAAAGACUGAACGUGUGUUUGCCACAUGACUGCUAGGCGUUCGGAGUGGCACCGACACCUCGGAACUCGUCCGUGUUGCCGCGCCUGUGUUUCAUGGACAGUCCAACCGUCCGAUUGGAAAUUGCCGUUGCUGGCUUUAGGGCCGUCAAAACACGCAAGGCAACCGUGAUGUGCUUUUGCUUCGGCCACAUGUGGGCAAUGCAUUUGACGUGUAACUCAAGGAGCGUUUUGGUGGAUUUACAACAAGUAUUUGUUGUAGGAGCUUCGUGGGAUUGGAUCAAUACCAUGUCGGGGAAAUUGACGUGUCCAUAUGCACAGUAGCCCAGUAUGUCAGGGAUAUUUUAACCGAAACUGAUGGUACGACUGUCUAUCCCGUCUUGGUUCGUUGUCAGUAACGCAAUCUGUGGACGGUGUCAUCGGCAAUGCUCAUCGUACUGACCCGCAGCAAUAGCAUUAGAUGAAUUUGCCAGAAGCGUUGAGUGUUGAAAAGCGAGCUUCCGGAGAUAUUCUAGGAUGGUUGGAACAAGGAACAUUAUUUUCUGGAAGUUCGAGAACAGAUGUUCUCAAAUUGAAAAUAGUGUUGUCAGUCAGCGCCAUCCCCGAAAAAAAAUAAAAAAUCUUUGAUCAAGUGAGCCGUGUCACCCAAUUCAACUUUCAGAUCAAGGGAUGCGUGUGACCGAAAUGUAGACUGCUCAUAUACCAAAUGAUCCAUCUAAUCGAAAUC